UAUAUAAGUGUGUGUAUAUAUAAGUGUGUGUGUUGUAAGGAGGAGUAGGAGGGGAGGCAUGGGGAUAAGAGUUUAUUUUUUGUCAUCUUCGCGAGACAGCUACUCAUUCAUCCAGAUCACAGCUAAAAAAAAAAAAAAAAAAUGGUCGUAGAAAUUAGCAGUUUCGGCUCAGAAGCAAAGUCGCCAGCCUGUGAAGGCAGAGAGAAAUUGACUAAUUAGCAAUGCGCACUAAAACUUGACGGUUCUUUAUAGAGAGAGAGAGAGAUGAGAGAGGGAUGGGGAAAGGGAGGAGGAGGGGAGGGCUCCAUUUCCCCCCUUUUUCUUUCUUCCAAAGAUGUUUGAAAUCGCAGUCAUUUACGCUCGACAAUUUUUACAAUAGCCUUGAGCCAUAAUUUUUUUUUUUGCGAGGCUCCUCAGCAUCCCUCCCCCCUUGCCUUGCCAUGGUCUCUCUCCACCGGCCAUGCACGACCAUUUCUCUCCCCAAGCGUGGAUUUCCUAUUACUCUCGUUCCGACUGAGUGAGCCGCAGGCCCAAGGAUAAUGAUGUGUUGUUUCUUGCUGGCAUAAUUUGUCACACGCACAGUUUUCUCUCUCUCUCUCUCUCCUUCUCUUGCACAAAGCUCUGCUCACUCUCUCCCUUCUUUGCUCCCGUCUCGCUCGCACAUUAUUGCUACUCGCACAUUAUUGCUACUCGCACAUUCCUGCUCUCCCUCGGCGGCUCAUUCACUACUAGGAGCACCAUGUUGAUGAUAUACGGACAAAUACACUGUGAGGAGUGACUUGGGGGGAAACGAUAAGGCACAGUAUUCGGCCUCUCAUUUCGCCUGUGUCGGAGCUUUAGCCGAGGAAGGACUUUGAGGCUCUUUGGGGAAGCUGAGGGCAUUUUAUCCAGUACUUGGGAGCAGCAGGUCCAUAGGCCAGUUGCAUUCACGGGGAGCCAUGUCCAGAUCGGGGGACAGGACUUCAACUUUUGACCCAGGCCAUAGUGACAAUUUGCUGCAUGGUCUAAACCUGCUGUGGAGGAAGCAACUUUUUUGUGACGUAACUCUAACAGCUCAGGGACAGCAAUUCCACUGCCACAAGGCUGUGCUGGCUUCUUGCUCUCAGUACUUCCGAUCCCUAUUUUCCAGCCAUCCAGGGCAGGAUGCCUUGCCAUCUGUGCCCAAGGACCAGCAACAACAGCAGUCAGAAGAUCCUGGAACCCCUUCCUCAUCUCCAGAUGAUAAGCUCCUGGUCAGCCCUCGAGCCAUUAACAACUUAGUUCUGCAAGGCUGCUCCUCAAUAGGUUUGCGUCUGGUCCUGGAGUACCUGUAUACAGCAAAUGUAACACUGUCCCUAGACACAGUGGAGGAGGUGCUGUCCGUUAGUAAGAUCCUGCACAUCCCUCAGGUUACCAAGCUCUGUGUACAGUUCUUGAAUGACCAGAUCUCUGUCCAGAACUACAAGCAGGUGUGCAAGAUUGCAGCUCUGCACAGCCUCGAGGACACUAAGAAGCUUGCCAAUAAGUACCUGGUGGAAGAUGUUCUAUUACUCAACUUUGAGGAGAUGCGCUCUAUGCUGGAUUCUAUUCCACCCCCUGUUGAAUCUGAACUCGCACUCUUUCAGAUGACUGUGCUUUGGCUGGAGCAUGAUCGGGAGACCCGCAUGCAGUAUGCCCCAGACUUGAUGAAAAGACUGCGAUUUGCCCUAAUCCCUGCACCAGAGUUGGUAGAAAGGGUGCAGUCAGUGGAUUUUAUGAGGUCCGACCCUGUAUGCCAGAAACUACUGCUGGAUGCAAUGAACUAUCACCUGAUGCCCUUCAGACAGCACUGCAGGCAAAGUGUAGCAAGCAGAAUCCGAUCCAGCAAGAAAAUGCUGUUGCUAGUGGGAGGAUUACCUCCAGGACCAGACCGACUGCCCAGCAAUCUUGUGCAGUAUUAUGAUGAUGAAAAGAAAACAUGGAAAAUACUAACAAUUAUGCCAUACAACAGCGCACAUCAUUGUGUGGUAGAAGUAGAGAACUUCCUAUUUGUGUUAGGAGGAGAAGAUCAGUGGAACCCUAAUGGAAAACACAGUACAAACUUUGUAAGUCGUUAUGAUCCAAGGUUUAACAGCUGGAUACAACUCCCACCUAUGCAAGAAAGGAGAGCAAGUUUUUAUGCGUGCCGUCUAGAAAAGCACCUCUAUGUCAUUGGUGGAAGGAAUGAAACGGGCUACUUGUCAAGUGUGGAGUGCUACAACUUAGAGACCAAUGAAUGGCGAUAUGUGUCCUCUUUACCACAGCCCUUAGCAGCGCAUGCCGGAGCAGUACACAAUGGAAAAAUCUAUAUUUCUGGUGGUGUUCAUAAUGGAGAAUAUGUCCAGUGGUUAUAUUGCUAUGACCCAGUCAUGGACGUCUGGGCCCGAAAACAAGACAUGAACACUAAGCGGGCUAUACAUGCUUUAGCUGUAAUGAAUGAUCGUUUAUAUGCAAUUGGUGGCAACCAUUUAAAAGGUUUCUCCCAUCUGGAUGUCAUGCUUGUGGAGUGUUAUGACCCAAAAGGAGACCAGUGGAAUAUUCUUCAGACGCCCAUUCUAGAAGGCCGCAGCGGACCUGGAUGUGCAGUACUAGAUGAUCGCUGUUACCUUGUUGGAGGCUACAGCUGGAGUAUGGGUGCCUACAAGUCAUCCACCAUUUGUUACAGCCCUGAGAAAGCAAGCUGGACUGAGCUGGAGGGGGACGUUGCAGAACCACUAGCAGGCCCAGCCUGUGCAACUGUCAUACUGCCAGCUUGUGUCCCAUACAACAAAUAACUGCCAGCCACAGCAUAAUGACUUUAAUCUGUCAGCAUUGAAUUUACCAUUUAGUCAAAUGCAUCCUACCAUUGUCAACUGACAUCUCUUCAGCCCACUGCUGGCUGGAACAGGUACAGACACAGGUGUAACUUAUGUUGUUAAAACUGUGUCUUGCACUAUCUGGAAGUAAGCCUUAUCUUGUCUUACCCGUCUCCCAUUAUACAGUAGGUGUACAGAAAACAAAUGCGUCUGGUGUACAAUAAGGGGCAGAUUUAUUAAGGGUCGAAUUGAAAAUUCAAAUUCGAAUUUUUUGAAUUUUUUUUUUUGUGGUCAAAACUGUCAAA